AUGAAAUGCAGGCCAUAUGAGAACGGCGAAGUUCCAUACAAAGCCGAGCAAAUACAAAGAGGGGAGGUAUGGGACUGGGCCCGAGAUGGCCGCAAGGAUGCUGCAGCACCAACAGGUCGUGGUCCCGCGCCUUCCUGCAGCCUGCUCUUCGGUUCAGCCGGCUGCACACUCGAAUCCGGCCGGAUGGAGCAGCAGCAACAGCAGAAGCAAGAGUACCAGGCAAACAGAUCGGCAACGGAGACAAGUGUGGCAUUGCAAUUUCAUGUUGGAUUCCGACUUUAUCCGCAACAAAAUGCUUGGAAUGCAAAAAUGUUCUACGGUACUCCGCCUGACACAAAGCAAUCGGCGGAGAAUUUCAGAGAAUGUCGAUUUUCGGAUUUCCAAAAACGACCGAUUUUUCUCAAUUUCUCAAAAACACAUGCAACAAUAAGUCUUCCUGGCCACAGGGCCAGCAGGGUACACUUCCUGCUGCAACUGAUCGAGAUAGACGGAAAGGAGAUCUCGUUGCGAUGCGGAAUUGCAGCAGGUAAUGAUGCUGCUGGAAUAACAAAGGAAAAUGAGAAAGGUAUUCGAGUGAAAGUGAAGGAAUCAUUUAGUGUUGUUGCUGGUGGUGAAGUUGUUGUUGUUGUUGUUGUUGUUGCGCUACCGCCGCUUCUCCCAUCAUGGGAAGAGAAGAAACGUAUUUUGGAAAAGGCUGAAGAAGCUCCUCAAAGAUGA